GACGGUUCUGUUGUUUCCUUUCUUUUUCCUCUUCAACAAUGUCUAAGGUGAAUCAUCUGAGAGAGUUUAUCGGUCAGCGACUAACAGCAGCUGCUGUAGAAAUAUUGUCAGUGUUUGAAAAAAGCAUCUUGGAGUAUGAAGAAGAGCUCGACCGUCAGCGCAGACUGUUGGACCUCGCCUGGAAACCUGAAAUCAGACUCCACAGAGUCGAACUCCCACAAGAAAAUGUUUGUAAGGUGGAGGAGGACGGGGUUUUCAGUGACCAGCACCUGGAUAACCUGGAGAGGAUCUGCAGCCCGAACCAGGAGGAACCAGGGCAUCCACAGACUACAGAACUGGAGGAAGACUCCAGCUGUCAGGAGAUGAAGCAGGAGGACGUAGAGGUGGAUGUCUCAUUGGUCAAUGUCGCUGAUGUGAAAGUUGAAAAUGGUGAACCAGGACCAAACUGUGGCCAGCUGCUGUUGCACACUUCUCCUGAAGCGCAAAACAAAGAUGAGGAAGAGACUGAAAGUUUACACUCAGACUCCAGUAAAACUGCAGAUCCGGAGCCAAUGAGACGACAUGGUGACCACGAAGAUGCUGCUGUCCCAUCAGACAGCAACGAGUUCAUUGAAAGUAAUAUUUUAAUGGAUCACAUGAAGAUCCACACUGGCGAAAGGCCGUACCUGUACAACGCCUGCAACAAAACCUUUACUACAUUAUCAAAACUUAAACGGCACAUAACCACGCACACGGGCGAGAAGCCCUACAUCUGCAAAACAUGUGGAAAAAGUUACACAGAACGUUCCAACCUAGUGAUUCACUCGAGGACCCACACUGGCGAAAGGCCGUACCUGUGCAACACCUGCAACAAAACCUUUACUAGAUCAUCACAUCUUAAACGCCACAUAACCGUGCACACGGGCGAAAAGCCCUACAUCUGUAAAACAUGUGGAAAAAGUUACAGGCUACGUUCCCUCCUGGUGGAUCACUCGAGGACCCACACCGGUGAAAGGCCGUACCUGUGCAACACCUGUGGAAAAACCUUUACUCAAUCAUCAAAUCUUAAACGCCACAUAACCACGCACACGGGCCAGAAGCCCUACAUCUGCAAAACAUGUGGAAAAAGUUACACAGAACGUUCCACCCUGGUGAUUCACUCGAGGACCCACACCGGCGAAAGGCCGUACCUGUGCAACACCUGCGGAAAAACCUUUGCUGAUUUAUCACAUCUUAAACGGCACACAACCACGCACACGGGCGAGAAGCCAUAUUUGUGCAACACGUGCAACAAAGGUUUUAGCCGCAGAAUUUAUUUGCUGAGUCACAUGAAAAAUCACCCAGAGGAGAAGUCUGGUGACUCGUGACAAAUGAAGCUCAUGUUGUCGUCCUCCGGGGGCAGCUGUCCACUCCUGUCUGACCCACAGAAGAAGAACCCGCAGAAGUCCAACCACCACCUCCUGUGGCUGAUGAGCCUAAUCCCCUCCCCACAAGGGUUGCAGGUUCAACCCGGAUUUAUGCUUCUCCGUCAACUUGACGCAGAGGGAACGAUGUGGUUGUGUACUUUUUUUUUUAAAGUUCUGCAUUGAGUUUGUUUGAAUCCCUUUUCCUUCUUAAAAUUAUUAUUUGUUGCUGUUGGUAACUUGCCGUCUCCACGGUGCAAAUAAA